AUGACAGAAGAAAAUAGAGUUCCACCACCUCCACCUCCAAGAACAUUGGGAGAUUACAUGACUCCUGCUAGAGUUCCACAGACAGCUAGCAUUGUUAGACCACAAGUGGAUGCUAACAACUUUGAACUCAGGCCUGCAUUAUUACAACUGAUUCAAAAGGACCAGUUUGCCGGAGGAAGCACGGAAGACCCUUACAUCUAUUUAGAAAACUUCUUACUAUACUGUGAUACCUUGAAGAUGAAUGGGGUGUCUUGGGAUGCUAUUUUGCUCAGAUUGUUCCCUUGUUCACUUAAAGACGAAGCAAGAGCAUGGGAAAGAUUCAAAGGACUACUCAGGAAGUGUCCCCAACAUGGCAUUGAAGCAUGGGAACAAGCGAGAACUUUCUUCCAAGGGAUGACGCCCAACACAAGAACAUUGGUGAAUGCUGCAUCAGGAGGGUCGUUAAAAACAAAAACUCCAGAGGAAGCUUUAGAAUUGCUAGAAUCUCUAGCCUCUCAAGAGUACGAUAAUGCUCCGGUACCACAGAGAAGAGCGGGGAUAAUGAAGCUUGAUGGCUGUGAUGCCAUCUUGGCUCAGAAUGAGCAGAUUUUACAAUCCAAUAAGAAACAGCAACAACAGCUAGAUGCUCUCGAAGAACAAUUUUCUGAAUUUCAAGUUUCUUCUGUUAAUACUCCUGCUAUCAUUUGUGAUAUUUGUGCAUAUACUCAUGCUACUGAAGACUGCCAGGCACCCGAAACUGCAGAUGUUAUUGGAAUUUGGCAUGAUCAAAAAGCUCCAUAUAAUCCAAGGAGGAACCAAUACGACAAUAAUCAAAAUCAAGGGUGGAGAAAUAAAAAUCAAAAUCAACACCCGGGAUUUAGUUACAGUUCGAACCAUCAGCUGAAUCCUCCUAUGCCAGUGCAACAGCAACCUCCACAACAAUCAGAAUGGGAAAAGGCCUUUGCACAACUAUCCAAGACCACAUCAGACUACAUUCAAAGUUCCAAUAAUUUCAGAGAGGACACUUCAGCCUUUAUGCAAGAGACAAGGGCCUCAUUCCGGAAUCAAGAAGCUUCUAUCCGGAAUCUUGAAACUCAGAUUGGCCAGCUAUCAAAGCAGUUCACUGACAGAGUUCAAGGAACUUUUCCAGGUAACACUAUUCCAAAUCCAAGUAGGGAACACUGCAAUGCGAUUACUACUAUGAGUGAGAAAGCCAUUGAACCUAUGGAAAAAGAAAAGGAAGUUUCCAAAGAAUUUGCUGCAGAGAAAAUUGUUCCUGAAAAGAAAGAGUUCAAAUGGGAGAAAAAGAAAGCUCAAGAAAGGCAAGAAAAGCCAUUAGAGCUCUCACCUUAUGCAAAGAUUCCAUAUCCGCAGACGCUCAGAGAGGAAAUCAAAAAGCAGCAGUAUUCCAAGUUCCUUGACAUUUUCAAGAAGCUGCAAAUCAAUAUCCCGUUUACUGAAGCCUUGGAGAACAUGCCCAAUUACGCAAAGUUCAUGAAAGAUCUUCUAUCACGAAAGCGUAAGCUACAAGAAUGUGAGACGGUGACUCUGACAGAGGAAUGCAGUGCCAUUAUCCAGAAAAAGUUGCCUCCAAAGCUUAAAGAUCCAGGAAGAUUCAGCAUUCCAUGCAACAUAGGCAAUAUGGAAGUGAAAAAUGUUCUAUGUGAUCUCGGUGCCAGCAUCAACGUGAUGCCACUACUUAUGAUAAAGAAACUGGGGAUCACUGAAGUAAGGCCAACCAAGACAAUAGUUCAACUGGUUGACCGCUCUACAAAGCAAGCUUAUGGUAUUAUUGAGGACAUACUGGUAAAGGUUGACAAAUUCAUCAUUUCUGUUGACUUUUUCAUCCUUGAUAUAGAGGAAAAUUCUACUAUUCCAAUGAUCUUCGGAAGACCUUUCUUGGAAACCUCAGGAGUGCUGAUUGAUGUACCGAAAGGCGAGUUGAUCUUACGGGUAGAUGGGGAGCAAGCAAUUUUCAAGUUCUUUGAUAAAGAAGUUCCCUCACCUAUAAUUCAACCGGAAGAUCAA